AUGCGCCAUAUUUUUUGUGCCAUAUUCCUAUCACUAGCUACUGCCAAUAGUGUUCACUGGCAAUGGAGAGAUCUAAUAUGUAUGACAAAAAACGGAGUCGGUUCAGACAAAAUCAGUAGUGAACCCGCAUCCUGUAAUUUAGCCUUGCGCGAAACAGGCGUUGAUAACGAUCCAAGUGAUAAAUGGAGACCUGUACCAGGAAAUAACUCUGUUUGCUUUGAUGAGGCAGUAAAUGGAACCGUACGCAGUUACUGCAACCUGCUGUGUCCAAAUGCGGAUACCGCAUACCUAAUUAAACGAAUACCCCAAACGCAUCGAUCAUGCUUUGCAUUCAUAACAUAUCAUCAUGAGAAACGCGGUACCGAUUGGUACAUAUGGCGAAAUGAAAAAUGCCGUUUGUCCACGAUAACGUUCACGAUUCGGUGUGAAUUUCAUUUUGACCGCAAAGAAUUUCCAAGUGAUGAAGAAAUAUUCAAGAAAUUGCGAAAGGCGUAA